AUGUUUCUGAGACCUGAACAUCAGUUCGUCUCUUAUGGUCGCGAUGUUUACUUCUCUCUGGUGAACAAUUCAAAUGCGAGUCAAAAAUCGUUAAUAGCUGAUUCAGAUGGUGUGAUGCAUGUCUUACUAUGUCGCCUGAUUUUAGGGAAACUCGAACCAAUUCCUUUUGGUUCACAAAUCGAUCAACCGACAUCAACAAAGUUAAAUUCCGGUGUAUAUGAUCUUUCAUCACCCAAGAAAUAUAUCAUUUGGGAACCUUACAUGAACACCUUCGUUCUUCCCCUUUUCAUCAUCACUUUCAAAGCAAAUUUAUUAACAGGAGUAAGGAAGGAAAGGUGGCAUACUUCGGUUAAAAUUCUGAUGACGAACUUCCCGAAGUAUCUGAGUUCUUCAAAGAUGGCUUUUAUUUAA